AUGAGCACCACGCCCAGCUCGCAGUUGCAUUUGCAGCUGCUGCUCCUGCCAGUAGUAAUCCUACUGGUCAUCCUUGCCGCUGCCGCUGAAGAGCGGCUGCCAAUGGGACUUCCGGACUGCCCCGACAUGUGCGGCAACAUCAGCAUCCCCUUCCCAUUCGGCAUCGGCUACGGCUGCUUCCGUGAUGGCUUCGAGGUCCGGUGCAACCACACCCCCGAUGGCCAUCACGCCUUCCUUGCUGACAAGAGAAUAGUCAAGCGCACGGGCGAGGGCUAUGAGUCGGAAUCGGCUAAUCCUUCGGCUCCGCCUUCAAAGGACUUACAGUGGUCGCAGUCCCCGCUAGAGCUGGUGAGCAUAUCACUCGCCACCGGUGAGGUGCGAGCGUAUGCAGCGAUCGCGUACCGCUGCAGGAGAGAUGACAACCGGACCUUCUGCGUGGAACAAGAUUUGGGGUUCGCCCGCACGCUUUUCGACUUGUCGAUUACAGGUAAUAUUCUUAUAGGUGUUGGCUGGAGUGUCGAGCCUUUGCUGGACAGUAAUACUGGUUCGGCCAACCACUUAUCUUGCAAGGCUCAAGAUAUGUUUCCACCAGCGGUUAAUGAGUCCUGCGAGGGGUAUGGCUGCUGCGACAUACCCUUCCCGCCGGGCCAAUAUCGCCCCGGCAAGGCUUUCGGAUGGCUUGUCGCGCGAGAAAACCUCAUGCCGCACAGCUACGAGUUGGAAACCAAGCCGUGCUCCUACGCCAUGAUGGUGGAGAAGUCAUGGUACAACUUCUCCACGCCCGACUUGUACGGUAACAAGACGCUACUAAAGAAGAACCCCCAGGGCGUUCCCCUCGUGCUUGAUUUUGCUGCCGGGAAUACUUCUUGUCCGGCGGAAGGUCAGCCGCGGCCUCCCGACUACGCUUGCGUCAGCGGCAACAGCUCUUGUGUCAACGCUACAGUUACUCCUGGCUAUAUCUGCAGGUGUUCUGAAUAUUAUGCUGGCAACCCUUACAUCACUCACGGAUGCCAAGACAUUGAUGAGUGCAAGCUUCCCGAUAUCUGUGCAAAUGGCGGGGUCUGCAAAAACAAGCCAGGAGGCUUUGACUGCCCAUGCAAGUUCGGAAUGAAAAACGACGGCAAAGGGGGAAACUGCGCACAUGUAUUCACUACAGCAGCAAAGGCCACUGUGGUUGAUGCCCCCAUGCUCGUCUACGAGUUCAUCUCCCAAGGUAGCCUCCAUGACAUCCUUCACAGCAGCAAUAACAAGGUAGCUCUCAACUUGAAUACACGUUUAAGUAUUGCUGCACAAUCUGCGGAUGGUCUAGCUUAUAUGCAUUCAAAAGCCAAUAUUACAAUUCUACAUGGUGAUGUGAAACCAGCAAAUAUACUAUUGGAUGAUAACUUUGUACCCAAGGUUUCGGACUUUGGUAUAUCUAGGUUGAUUCAGAGAGACAAAGAACACACUGGAUCAGUCAUCGGUGACAUGAAUUAUAUGGAUCCAAUAUAUCUACAAGAAGGGCUACUCACUGAAAAAAGUGAUGUCUAUAGUUUCGGGAUUGUGAUCCUGGAGCUUAUUAGUAGCAGGAGGGCCAUACAUUCUGAGAAUAAUAGCUUGGUAAAGAGCUUUCUUGAAGCUCACAAGAAACAUAAGAAAGUGACUGAGUUUUUUGACAAGGACAUUACAAUAACAAAGGAUUUGGAGCUUCUUGAUAGUCUAGCAUGUAUGGUUGUGGAGUGCCUUAGCCUUGAUGUAGACCAAAGGCCAACGAUGAUGGAGGUAGCUGAGCGGCUCCUCAUACUGGGCCGAUCUCGUAAUGUGUAGGUUGUUUACCUCUAAGUUAUUUUUGAGAAAAUCCUUAAGACAAGGGCAGCUGAGGUCUCCUAGAAUAUUUGUAACUCUGUUUGUACGCUCCAUUUUGAACCGUGUUUCAAAGCACUACAU